UUCUCCCUUCCCUUUUCUCUCCUUUCCAUCCUUCCUUCCACAGAUGUCUUCAGGGGGUCCAAAAAGUCAAACCACAAUCCUGUGAUAGCUCCCCCCCUCCAUCCUCUUUUCGACAUCCAUUGGAACAGAAGCAGUUGGAGCCAAUCCAUCCAUCCAUCCAUCCAUCCAUCCAUCCAUCCAUCUUGAACUUAAUUGCCCCACCGAUGUCAUGAAUUGCCCUGGAGCCAAAGACCUGCAAACCCAAGCAAUCCAGAUGACCUCAAGAGUGCCUCAUGAGCCCAGCUUCCCACUUCUGAGCUGGAAUAAGAUCCCUUCGGCAUCUGGUUACACCAACUCUCUCUUUGGAGAAGAACAAUGGAUUCAUGAGAAUUCCCCCUUGGCGUGUGACUCAGUAAAAGAGAUGCUUGCUGUUUCUAUUUUUGGCUCCGGAGUUUGCAUAUAAGCUUGGGACUCUGCAUCCUGAGUCAAGGACAGCUUGUCCGGAGCAUCCCUAAGACGACAGGAUGGGUGUAUACGAAGACAGAGGGGAGCAGAUCGAACCAAAAAGGAAGCUGGUUAGUUGGAGAGCCAAGCAUACGUCGUCCAACAGUGGCCGUCCCUUAGAGAUGCUUUAUGCAAUUGGGGGAGUCAGCCCUACCGGCAUCACCGGUGGGGUGGAGCGUUACAACCCCCUGGAUCAUGAGUGGCAAAUCCUGGGCUCGGUCUCGAGGCAGCGGAGUGGCAUCGGGGUGGCUUCCCUUAAUGGAUCCAUCUAUGCAGCAGGUGGCCACGAUGGACUUGUCUGCCUCAAUAGCGUUGAGAGGUAUAUGCCCGAAAUCAAUGAGUGGAAGAGAAACGUCGCACCUCUGAGUGAACCCAAGCAAGAUGUCGCUAUGGCUGAACUCGGCGGUUACUUAUAUUGCGCCGGUGGUUUUGAUGGGCUGGUUUGCCUCAACACAUUGGAAAGAUAUGACCCUGCGCUGGACAGAUGGCAGAAGUUGGCGCCGAUGAAGUGUCGUCGAAAAGGCCUGGGCUUGGCCGUGCUGGAUGGGUAUUUAUAUGCCGUUGGGGGCUCCGAUGGAUAUUCUCCCUUAUGCUCAGUCGAGCGCUACGAUCCCAGAGAAGACCGCUGGGCUCCCUGCCCUCCGCUCCGCAGCUGUCGUGAAAACCUGGGUUGCGUCGCGUUGCAAGGCAAGAUCUACGCCGUCGGUGGGCAGGAUGAAUUGACCGAACUCUGCACCGCGGAGCGCUUUGAUCCCUUCCUCAAUCGAUGGACGCCUGUUAGGCCCAUGAGGUCCAAAAGGAGCAAGGUAAGCCUUGCGGCUAUCAGUGGGUAUCUCCUGGCCAUCGGCGGCUACGACGGCAUCGUUCACGUUUCGACGGUGGAAGCCUUUGACCUGGAUCUCAACGCAUGGAGACGUUUUGGCAACAUGAAGAGCCGUCACCCGGGUGGAGGCGUCACCGUGGUCCAAAUGGCCACGGAAGAUGUGGAAUCCUUUGAGUCCUCUUGGAGCAGAUAACUAGAAGAAGAACAAGAAUUAGUUCUAGGUUCAGAUUAGAGGUAGGGUGAGUUCUUUAGCUAGAUCUAGCAGCGUCAGGACGAAGGAGCUGUAAAUCCAUACCCGAAACAAGAUUAUUUAUUGUAUUCGUUCACUUUCUAUAGCCAUCCCUCUCAGGGUGAUGAACAAUUAAAACAACCGUUAAAACACAUAAAUGAAAAAAUGGAAGUUUGGAGAUACUAUCGUUUUCUCCACUAUUUCUUUUCAGGGUCGGGAUCUCCUUGGAUCCUGGGGUCCUAAUUUUUUCACCAGUGCCUUUCCAGUUGCAUCACUGAAACUCAAAAAUGCUAAAUGAUGGAAUGGAAUUAACAGAAGCAGAAUACGUCUGUUGAGUCCUGAUAUGUUCAAGCACCAUCCUAUUUGGGUUAAGAUACACCUAUGCACAUCUCAUGAUUGAGCCGUGGUGGCGCAGUGGUUAGAGUGCGGCAUUGCAGGUUAACUCUGCCGACUUCCAGCAGUUCGAUCCUGACCGGCUCAAGGUUGACUCAGCCUUCCAUCCUUCCGAGGUGGGUAAAAUGAGGACCCAGAUUGUUGGGGGAAAGAUGCUGAUUCUGUAAACGACUUAGCUAUGGCUGUAAAGCACUGUGAAGCAGUAUUUAAGUUUAAGUGCUAAUAUCUAUCUAUCUAUCUAUCUAUCAUCUAUAUAUUAUCUAUUUGCCAUGAUGGUGCAGUGGUUAGGAUGCAGUAUUGCAAAAUAACUCUGCUGAUUUCCAUGAGUUCGAUCCUGACCGGCUCAAGGUUGACUCAGCCUUCCAUCCAGGCAAUAUAUGUGUUCUGUGACUUUAACAUGAAUAUAUAUUGUGUGACUUUAAAGUUUUACUGCUGUUUCGUUGUAAUGCUGAGUCAUGCUGUAAUUAGAUAAUCACUAGUUGUAAACGUAUUUAAGAAAGGUACUGUAACGUAUUCAGUUGAUGAUAUGCUACUAUUGUGUGUGGAGUUGCUAUCAUUGUGCUAUCAUUGGUGGAUGGAUCUGCUACCAUCGGGGUUUGUUACCACAGUGAACUUGUUAUUCUAACCAACUACUGUUUGUAUGGUAAGAAGAUUUUUGUAUCACUGGACUGAUUUAACUGGCAAAGACUUGGAUUGAUUUAAAGACUAUGAGAUUGUUUUUCUACUAUAAAGUAAGCUUUUGAUAAACCA